AUGGAGGCGCACACUGCGCCUGCGCUGCUCCUCGCGCUAGCCCCUCCCCCGCCCCCUCGAUUCAAUGAUGUGCAUGUGAAAUUCAGCCAAGAAGAGUGGGCUUUGCUGGAACCAUCACAGAAACAACUCUACAAUGAUGUGAUGUUAGAGACCUGUAAAAACCUCACUGCGAUAGGCUACAAUUGGGAAGACCAUACCAUUGAAGAACAUUUUCAAAGUUCUACAAGUAAUAAAAGGCAUGAAAGCAGUCGUACUGAAGAGAAACCUUUUAAAUGCACUCUAUGUGGUAAAUCCUUCCACCAUACCACUGGUCUCAAAAGCCAUGAAAGAACACAUACUGGAGAGAAGCCUUACAAAUGUAAUCAAUGUGGUAAAGCCUUUACAAAAAACAGUCAGCUCAUACGGCAUAAAAGAACACACACUGGAGAGAAACCAUAUGAAUGUAAUGAGUGUGGCAAAGCCUUUUCACAAAACAGUAAUCUCAUAAGCCACAAAAGAACACACACUGGAGAGAAACCAUAUGAAUGUAAUGAGUGUGGCAAAGCCUUUUCACAAAACAGUAAUCUCAUAAGCCAUAAAAGAACACACACUGGAGAGAAACCUUAUGAGUGUAACCAGUGUGGUAAAGCUUUUGCAAAAAACAGUCAUCUCAUAAGCCAUGAAAGAACACACACUGGAGAGAAACCUUAUGAAUGUAACCUGUGUGGUAAAGCCUUUGCAGAAAACAGUCAUCUCUUAAGCCAUAAAAGAACACACACUGGAGAGAAACCUUAUGAAUGUAACCAGUGUGGUAAAGCCUUUGCAGAAAACAGUCAUCUCAUAAGCCAUAAAAGAACACACACUGGAGAGAAACCUUAUGAAUGUAACCAGUGUGGUAAAGCCUUUGCAGAAAACAGUACUCUCAUACGGCAUAAAAGAACACACACUGGAGAGAAACCUUAUGAAUGUAACCAGUGUGGUAAAGCCUUUGCACAAAACAAUCAUCUCUUAAGUCAUAAAAGAACACACACUGGAGAGAAACCUCAUGAAUGUAAUCAGUGUGGUAAAGCCUUCGCACAUAACAGUACUCUCAUACGGCAUAAAAGAACACACACUAGAGAGAAACCUUAUACAUGUAACCAGUGUUGUAAAGCCUUUGCACAAAACAGUCAUCUCAUAAGCCAUACAAGAACACACAAUGGAGAGAAACCUUAUGAAUUUAAUGAGUGUGGUAAAGCCUUUGCACGCAACAAUAAUCUCAUAAGCCAUAAAAGAACACAUACUGGAAAGAAACCUUAUGAAUGCACUCUAUGUGGUAAAUCCUUCCACCAUACCACUGUUCUUAUAAGCCAUAAAAGAACACACACUGGAGAGAAGCCUUACAAAUAUAAUCAAUGUGGUAAAGCCUUUGCAAAAAACAGUAAGCUCAUACGUCAUAAAAGAACACAUACUGGAGAGAAACCUUAUGAAUGUAACCAGUGUGGUAAAGCCUUUGCACAAAGCAGUCAUCUCAUAAGCCAUAAAAGAACACACACUGGAGAGAAACCAUAUGAAUGUAAUGAGUGUGGCAAAGCCUUUGCAAAAAGCAGUAAUCUCAUAACUCAUAAAAGAACACACACUGGAGAGAAACCUUAUGAGUGUUACCAGUGUGGUAAAGCUUUUGCAAAAAACAGUCAUCUCAUAAGCCAUGAAAGAACACACACUGGAGAGAAACCUUAUGAAUGUAACCAGUGUGGUAAAGCCUUUGCCGAAAACAGUCAUCUCAUAAGCCAUAAAAGAACACACACUGGAGAGAAACCAUAUGAAUGUAAUGAGUGUGGCAAAGCCUUUGCACAAAGCAGUAAUCUCAUAACUCAUAAAAGAACACACACUGGAGAGAAACCUUAUGAGUGUUACCAGUGUGGUAAAGCCUUUGCACAAAACAGUACUCUCUUAAGCCAUAAAAGAACACACACUGGAGAGAAACCUUAUCAAUGUAACCAGUGUGGUAAAGCCUUUGCCGAAAACAGUCAUCUCAUAAGCCAUAAAAGAACACACACUGGAGAGAAACCUUAUGGAUGUAACCAGUGUGGUAAAAGUUUUGCACAAAACAGUCCUCUCAUAAGACAUAAAAGAAAACAUACUGGAAAGAAACCUUAUGAAUAUACCCAAUGUGAUAAAGACUUUGCACAGCAGUCUCCGGAAACAUGAAAAAACGCACAGUUUAGAGAAGCUUGGUGAGGAUAAUUAGUGUGAUAAAACCUUUGCAUAUAACAGUCAUCUCCUAAGACAACAGCACAUUCUGGAGGGAAACCAUAUGACUUAACAGUGUGGCAAAGCCUUUGCACAUAACAUCUCCUAAUACAUAAAAGAAAACAUACUGGAAAGAAGCUGUCUGACUAUAACCAAUGUGAAAAAACUUUUGCACUUCAGAAUCAUCCUCACACUCAUGAAAGAAAUCCUAAUGGACAGUGCUUUUAAC